AUGACACGGGACAAGACGGAAACAGUCCUUUUAAGUAUAAAAAGUAACCGCAUCAAACGACACGUACAGUCGUUACAAGCUAUUGGAAACUCGACAGAUGAAGCGAGGCGAAAACUAGAAGAGAUGAAAAUUAAGGACGACGAAGACGCGAUCGCAAUUACCUCAUGGAGUGAAGAGAUAGAGAACAAAAUCGCAAUGGUCGAUGAAGAUGUCGAUAAACUGGCUGCAUUCCUCACCGAGGCUGAACAAAGGGAGACAGAAAAAGCAAGACAAGAGCAACUCGAAUUCGAGAAAGAGCUGAUAGAGAGAAAAUUCAGGUACCACAAAGAGCUUGAAGAGAAAGAUCAACAAGAUUCCAUUCUCACAGGGAAUCAAGACGCCAAACAAACACAAUGUACUAGUAACGCUGCUAAACUUCCCAAGCUCACUAUCACAAAGUUCGAUGGAACAUACCUUGACUGGAAUCGUUUUUGGGGCCAAUUCACCGAGGCUAUUGACAAAACUGGGAUGGUAGCGAUAACGAAGUUUUCUUAUCUCAAAGAAUUUGUGGAUCUCGAGGUGCGAAAAACAAUCGUCGGGCUCUCAUUUACCGCGGAAGGGUACAAUGGAGCGAAAAGUAUCUUAAUGGAUCGUUAUGGCAAGGAAAGUGAAAUUGUGAAAGCGUAUGUGCAAAAUAUCCUUGAUCUGCCCAGGAUUAAAGGAACAAAUCCACAAAAAAUCCAUCAGUUUUACGAAUUACUGCGGUACACUGUACAAUCGCUGGAGGCAGUGGGAAAGCUGGGACAUGUCAGAGGAAAUGUGGCGUUGACGAUAGACAAGUUAACUGAGAUUCGCGGAGAUUUGGUCCGCAACGACGACGAUUGA